UUCUUCCUCUUUUGCUUUUUCAUGUUCCGUUUUAAAUAUUAUAAUGUUUUAAUUUUCUUGUGAAUAUGCUCCUGUCUUUUAAGGAUCUAUGGUAGUGGAGACAUUGUUUAUGCCUUUAUGGUAGAAAGUACUGGCUCUCUUCUUUUAAUAUUGGGGUUUCCUUUGAUGUUCUUAGUAUGUGUUUCUUACAGUGCUUUUGAGCAGUGCUCAGGAUUACUAUUGGUUGUUAUACUGCUUGCGAUGACCCAAUGGGUUGCCGCUGAGAACUCCCGCUGCAAGCAGAUGAAACCAAGUGCAGAUAGACCACAUAGUGUCUCUAUAACUGAUUUUGGCGCCGUUGGUGAUGGUGUCACCCUCAACACUAAGGCCUUCCAGAAUGCUUUAUUUUAUCUGCAUUCAUUUGCUGACAAGGGCGGUGCUCAGCUCUUUGUGCCUUCCGGAAGGUGGUUGACUGGAAGUUUUAGUCUCAUCAGCCAUCUCACUUUGUCCCUGGACAAGGAUGCUGUGAUAAUUGGAUCAACGGAUUCAUCUGAAUGGCCAAUAAUUGAUCCAUUGCCCUCAUAUGGGAGAGGCAGGGAACUUCCUGGUGGAAGACACCAAAGUCUUAUUUAUGGAAACAAUCUGACAGAUGUCAUAAUAACAGGUGGCAAUGGGACCAUUGAUGGCCAAGGUGGUGUUUGGUGGGAUUGGUUUAAGAACAAGACUUUGAACUACACGCGCCCUCAUUUGGUUGAGUUCAUGUAUUCAACUGAGGUGGUCAUUUCGAACAUAACAUUUGUAAACUCACCAUUUUGGGCUAUCCACCCGGUAUAUUGCAGCCAAGUUCUCGUCCAGGACGUGACGAUUCUUGCACCCCUUGAUUCACCAAACACAGAUGGGAUUGAUCCAGAUUCAUCAAGCAAUGUCUGCAUUGAAGACUGUUACAUCAGCACCGGCGAUGAUCUCAUCGUCAUCAAAAGUGGGUGGGAUGAGUAUGGCAUUUCCUUUGCUCAUCCUAGCUCCAACAUCAGCAUCCACCGUGUCGUGGGAGAAACAGGGUCAGGUGCUGGCAUUGCCUUCGGAAGUGAGAUGUCUGGUGGCAUAUCUGAAGUCAAAGCAGAAGGCAUCCAUCUUUUCAACUCAAAACAUGGUAUCAGAAUUAAAACAUCUCCCGGCCGUGGAGGGUAUGUCCGAAACAUUUUUAUCUCUGAUGUUACAAUGAAAGACGUGGACAUAGCCAUCAGGAUCUCAGGGAACUAUGGUGAGCACCCAGGUGAGACAUAUGACCCAAAAGUUCUACCGAUCAUAAAUGGAAUCACCAUCCAAGACGUCUCCGGAGUAAACAUCAGCAAGGCAGGACUUCUGGAGGGGAUUCGAGGGGACAAUUUCAGUGACAUUUGCCUGACCAAUGUGGUGCUGAAUGUAACAUCUCAUCAUCCAUGGAAGUGUUCUUUCAUUGAAGGCUAUGCAAACUUGGUCUCACCGGAGUCUUGUGAACCACUGGAAAAAACAGUACCUGAUCAAUCUUCCGUUUGUUAUGCACCUGAUCAUCUACAACCGCAACUCUCCAACGGAAAUCGCUUGAUGAACCCGUUUCUGAGGCUCUCUUCAUUGUAACACUUACGAUGUAUGCUUUGGUUCAUGCUAUUAUUUAUAUAUAUAUAUAUAUAUUCCCUUUUUCUCUUUAUCUAUAUAUCAAUGUUCUCUGUAUUUGGGGGAGUUGAGAAUGAUUAUUUGGUAACAUAAUAAGCUGGCUGGCUAUUUAUCUUUA